AUGCAACUAUCUCUAAAUGUGACUUUUUAAAAAGUGCACACGCAGAUACAUUGAUCAAAUGUUGCCUAAAUCAGAAGGGGUCCUGCUGAGGACUGGGACUAUUCAUGGCGUCGGAUGGAUAUCGGGGGUAAUGCGGCUGCUUAGGAAACAUAUUUGAAGAGAUUUUAAAUAUAAACUGGAAAAGUUAUUUUGGGUUAUUUAUGUAUUAAUACUGUUUUACCAACACUCAAAAUUAUAAAGUUUAUACCUUUAAAUAUGAAAUUUAAAUUAAGUCAUAGCAAAGUAGUGCGGAAUAUUAAUAUUAACUUUAGUAGUAUCAUCAGCCUUUGGCUAUUUGUUAUGUGUACAAAAAUAACAGCAUUUGGAUAAAGGUAUUUAAGCAAUAACGAUUUGUUUUGGUGUAAUCCGAAGAUAACAGCAUAGUAACAUUUAUUCUUCAAAGAAAAUCACAUACUAAGAAAACUGCAUUCUAGUGUAUGAGCAUUUCUUAUAUGUGCCUUUAUUCCAUUAAAUCACGCACCGCCCCUUACAGAACUCGAGCACUGCAUGUCACCUGUUUUAUUUUAUUAAAACUGUCGGACACGGUACAUAGAGUUCAUAGUGGAUUGGUUCGGACGGUCUGCUGUUUACGGACAUCAUUUGAUCAGAUCCAUCUGAGCAUUCCUGUGCCGUGAUUCACCGCUGGACAGCACCGCUAGAACAUUACCCGAUCGGCGGAGGAGGGUUACCAGUGUAUUGCUGGGAGAGCGGUUGGUGUGUGUUUUUUUCCCCGUGCUAUCGCAGACAGGUUCCGAUCCGGUUUGAUUCUCGCAGAGGAUAGAUCCGUCAAGAAGCCGCAAGGACAAUGAGGAUCGCCGGGAUGUGGACUGGGCAGGUUCUCACCUUUAUUUUCUUUGCGCAAAGUUGUGUCUCGGCCCCAGAUGAGUGUCUGCAGGAGACCAUACGUCUGCGCGCACAGCUGCAUACCUUGCAGGGCCAGGUCGCUAGGCAGCACAUCCUGCUGCAACAGCUGCGUGGCCAGGGCAUUCAGUCGUCUACAGUGGAUAAAGAUCCCAUUGUCCAUGGGGGGCCAGUGGAAUACAUUGACUGUGCUCAGGCUUACAACGACGGGAAAAGGCAGAGCGGGUCCUAUCUGCUUAAGCCCCUGCGGUCACCCUCCAGCUUCAAUGCCUACUGUGACAUGAGCGAUGGCGGAGGUUGGACCGUUUUUCAGAGGCGAUCGGAUGGCAGUGAGUCCUUUGACAGGGCCUGGGCAGAGUACAAAGCAGGCUUCGGAAAUCUGGCAUCUCGCACAGGAGAAUUCUGGUUGGGAAAUGAUUACCUGCAUUACCUGUCAUCUCAAGGGGACUACACCCUCAGAGUCAAUAUGGAGGAUUUUGAUGGCAAUCAGCGUUAUGCAGUGUAUAGAAACUUCAAAGUGGCCAGUGAGACGGACGGGUACCAGCUGCAGUUCGGUGAGUACUCUGGGACAGCGGGCGACUCGCUCGCAGGCACUUACCACCCAGAGGUGCAGUGGUGGGCAAGCCACCAAGGGAUGAAGUUCAGCACGUAUGACCGUGACCACGACCGCUAUGAGCGUAACUGCGCCAGGGAGGACAAGGGCGGCUGGUGGUUUAACAGAUGUCACUCUGCGCACCUGAAUGGUUAUUACUAUCAGGGUCCCUACAGCGCAGCCACUGACAACGGCGUGGUCUGGUACACCUGGCACGGCUGGUGGCACGGCUGGUGGUACUCCUUGAAAUCCGUGGAAAUGAAAAUCAGGCCUAUGGACUUUGAAUCGGACCAAUCAUGAACCAGCAUUUUAUGUAACUCUUAAUUUCAUGAAUCCUUAAUUACUUACUGUGCACUAAUGAUUAUAUUACCAACACAUAUACAGUGUAUGUAUUUUUAUGUGCUAAAAAUGGCCAUAAUUUGUGCUAAAACAUGCUAAAAUACAUCCAUAUGUCUUUGAUCUAGUAGCAUAUCAUGUUAUUCAUGUUAUUCAAUGAUCUCUUGGGAAGGAUAUAGAUUGUCCGAUUUGCUCUGGGAUCGUGUGUUUCUAGCUGGGCCUUCCAUGCAGUGAUCACUCUGAUCAUUUGUAUUCUGAAUGUUACUCCUCUUUCUAAUAAACUUGCUAAAACGUGAA